AUGUGGAUGAAAAGACAGCAAUGCCCAUGUGGAGAUUGGAAAUGCUUUGUAACAUACGAGGGAGAGGCUGACACUGCCAGCAUAUCUUCCUGUUCGGUCAAUAAUGGUUUUGGCUCAUCAGAAUGUAUGGUUGCACCUUAUGUGGGAAUGGUGUUUAAGAAUGACGAUGAAGCGUUUGACUAUUAUGGAAAUUUUGCUAGAAAAAAUGGGUUUUCAAUUAGGAAGGAGAGAUCUAGGUUGAGUCCUCAAUUGGGUGUUUACAAGAGAGAUUUUGUUUGUUAUAGGUCGGGGUUUGCACCUGCGAGGAAGAAACAGACGGGGGAGCAUCAGAGGGAUAGGAAAUCAGUUCGCUGUGGGUGUGAUGCGAAAAUGUACUUGUCGAAGGAGGUUGUAGAUGGGGUUUCUCAGUGGUUUGUUGUGCAAUUUAGUAAUGUGCAUAAUCACGAGCUUUUGGAGGAUGACCAAGUGCGCCUUCUACCAGCUUAUCGUAAAAUUCAGGAGUCAGACCAGGAGAGAAUUCUUUUGCUUUCGAAAGCUGGUUUUCCUGUACACCGUAUAGUUAAGGUUCUUGAGCUGGAAAAGGGAAUUCAAGGUGGUGGACAACUCUCUUUUUUGGAAAGAGAUGUCAGAAACUUUAUUCAGAACCGCAAAAAAGUUGUUCAAGAGAAUGAUGCUUUGCUGACUGAGAAAAGAGAAACUGACUCAAAGGAUCUUCUUGAGGCAUGCAGGACUACUAAGGAGGCUGAUCCAUUCUUUGUCUAUGAUGUUACUGUAGAUGAUAAUGAUAAAGUUGAGAACAUUGCUUGGUCUUUUGGAGACUCGAUUCAUCCGUAUAACAUGUUUGGCGACGUGGAUGAAACCCCCAGCUCAUAUGCUUGGGCUUUACAGGCUUUUCUUCGGUUUACGAAAGGAAGAUAUCCACAAACGAUUAUAACUGAUAUUGACCCUGUGCUCAGAGAGGUCAUAAGAAGUGAAUUGCCUAAUACCAAGCAUUUUAUUUCUUUAUAUAAUAUCCUGCCUAGAGUAUCCAGCUGGUUCUCUCUCCCACUUGGACCAAGGUUCACUGAAUUCAAAUAUGAGUUUGAAGCAUUGUAUCAUUUAGAAAAUACAGAUGAAUUUGAUUAUCGGUGGAAUCAAAUGGUUUCUCAAUUUGGACUGAAUUCGGAUAAGCAUAUAGCUUUGCUCUUUUCUGUCCGGUCGUGUUGGGCGUUAUCUUAUACUAGGGGUUACUUUCUUGCACGAAUAGUUUCGUCAGCAUAUUGGAAAUCUGUAGAUACAUUCUUGAAAGGAGUUUUCAAAGCCGAGACGUGCUUGCGUGGCUUUUUUGAGCAGGUAGGAAUUUCAUCACAUUCUAAAAUCCAGACUCAUGAAGAAGCACAGUAUAUGCAUCUCAAAACUUGCUUACCUAUUGAAGUGCAUGCACGGAAUAUUCUUACCCCUUUUGCAUUUAAUGCAUUACAGCAAGAAAUGGUCUUAUCUACUCAAUAUGCCGCAUCUGAAAUGGCUAAUGGGUCUUAUCUUGUGAGCCACUUCAAGAAGGUAGAUGGAGAACGACUUGUUAUUUGGAUACCAGAAGAUGAGCAAAUUCAUUGUUCUUGUAAGGAAUUUGAGUCAUCAGGAACUUUAUGCAGGCAUGCUCUUCGUGUACUCUUAGUCAAGAACUAUUUUCAACUUCCAGACAAGUAUCUUUUGAACCGAUGGCGGCAAGAAAACUCUCUUGUUUACAAUGGACAAAGUAAACAAAAUAUCAGUGAUGAAUGGUUUCAAGAAUUCAAUUCUCUAACUGGAACUUUGUUUUCUGAAUCAUUGCUGAGUAAAGAGCGUUUUGAUUUUGUUCGUAGAGAACUUACAAAAGAAGUUACUAGACUCAUUAAUUCGGUCGGAUUGUUCGGGUCAAUAGCCUCAUGCUCCAUUUCAUCAUUUGGAAAACCCAAAGAUGAUAUGCUUCAGAUGGAAACUUUAGUUUACUGGCUUUGCGGCUGA